AUGAGUAUUCAAUGAAAAUGCAUCCAUAUUUAAGAGCAAAAAACGUGAAAUUCAACUUAACAUCCCAUACUCUCAAUCCCUAAACACUAAAGAUAAGACGGCUUCACAAAAAAAUCAAGAUAUUAUAGAAUAACCAAAACCAUUCUUAACAUCCGUAUACAGAGUAUAAAAAUUAUAUUCCGUAAUAUACCCCAUAUGAAAAUGGCCAACAUAUAUUGAUUCAUGAAAAAAGUCCAUCACUCUCACAACAACCUUUACUUUAUAUCCAAAAAGUUUUGGGAUAGUUUCCCUUCUCUUCCUUCUUCUUUCCUUCAUCCUCCUUAAAUUUCCAAACUCCAAUUCCACCACCACCAUUCUAAAUUCCCCAACCUCAUUUUUUCUCUCUCUAAAAAAUAAAAAUAAAUAAAUAAAUAAAAAACCUCUUUGAUGCGCCCUUUAUUCAUCUCUCCUAUAAAAACCUCCUUCCCUCUUUCACUUUCUCUCUCCUCCUAUAAAUCCACCACCUUCCUCCGAUCUUCUCCUCUUCUUCUUCUUCUCUCGUCUUCUUCUUCACCUCCACCUUCAUUCUCUCUCCUCCGAUUUCUGCGCUCGUUUUCCGGCGAUUCGAGAUCUUCUUCAAUGGCGACGGCUCCUCCGCCGAGGUCCACCACGCCGUCGAUCGGAGUUCCUGCUGUCGGAGCCGUCGCUAGCGACGUCGGCAUCUCUAGAAGGUCCUGGAACAAGUUUAAGCGCGACUCCAUUUUCUCUCUCUUCACUCCUUUCGUUCUCUCUCUUGCUGCUGGUAAUCUUCGUCUUGAAUCUUUCCGCCAUUACAUCUCUCAGGAUGUUCAUUUCCUCCAGGCCUUCGCUCACGCGUAUGAAUUAUCGGAAGAAUGUGCGGAUGAUGAUGACGAUAAAAUUGCGAUUUCGGAGUUGAGGAAGAACAUUCUUAAAGAAUUGCAUAUGCACGAUUCUUAUGUUCAGGAAUGGGGAAUUGACCUUGGUAAAGAAGAAAGCUCUGUUAACUCUGCAACUCAAAAGUACAUAGAUUUUCUUUUAGCAACAGCUUCAGGAAAAGUUGAAGGAGUAAAAGGUCUUGGUAAGCUUGCAACGCCAUUUGAGAAGACAAAGAUAGCAGCUUACACUUUGGGUGCAAUGACACCUUGUAUGAGGCUGUAUGCUUUUCUUGGCAAGGAGCUUAAGGCUUUGGCGGAUCCAGAUCUCAAUACUCACCCCUACAAGAAGUGGAUUGACAAUUAUUCGUCUGAAGGCUUCCAGGCAUGCACUUUGCAAAUCGAAGAAUUGCUGGAUAAAUUGAGUGCUUCUCUAACUGGUGAAGAGCUUGAUGUUAUUGAAAAGCUUUAUAAACAGGCCAUGAAACUUGAGACAGAAUUCUUUGGGGCACAAACACUAUCACAAAAGACCGUCGCUCCGUUGUGGAAAGAGCUUAAUCCUGAAGAAUCACGUCUCAUGCUGUUUUCAGAUUUUGACUUGACUUGUACAGUUGUUGAUUCAUCUGCAAUAUUAGCUGAGAUCGCAAUUGUAACAGCUCCGAAGUUUGAUCAAAGUCCAACUGACGGUCAAAUUACUCGGAUGUCAUCUGCUGAUUUGAGGAACACAUGGGGUGUUCUCUCGAGGCAGUACACAGAGGAGUAUGAACAAUGCAUCGAGAAUGUUUUAUCAACGGAUAAAGGAGGGGAGUUCAACUUUGAUGCUCUGCAAACGGCUCUUGAGUUACUUGCUGAUUUUGAGAAAAAGGCCAAUGCAAGGGUGAUUGAUUCUGGAGUCCUUAAAGGUGUGAACCUUGAAGAUAUUCGGAAGGCUGGUGAACGUAUAAUCCUUCAAGAUGGCUGUACUAGUUUCUUCCAGAAUGCUGUACAUAAAGAAAAUCUGGAUGUGACUGUCCAUGUACUUUCAUAUUGUUGGUGCGGUGAUUUAAUCAGAUCAGCUUUUUCAUCAGGUGGUUUGGAUGCAUUAAACAUACAUGCAAAUGAGUUCAACUAUGAAGAAUCCAUUUCCACCGGUGAAAUCAUCCGGAAGGUUGAAUCUCCCAUUGACAAACUUCAAGCAUUCGAUGAGAUCUUGGUCAGUUGUGGUGACGACAAGAAGAAUUUAAGUGUAUAUAUAGGGGAUUCUGUUGGUGACUUGCUUUGCUUACUCAAGGCGGACAUAGGAAUUGUUGUUGGAUCGAGUUCAAGUUUGAAGAGACUUGGGAGUCACUUUGGGGUUUCAUUUGUCCCAUUGUUUGAAGGUUUGGUGAAGAAACAAAGGGAGUGUGUUGAAGGAGAUUCUUUCAAUUGGAAGGCCAAGCCUGGUGUUCUUUACACAGCCUCUAGCUGGUCCGAGUUACAUGCAUUCAUUUUGGGGUGUUAGGAUAGAUUCUUGCCUUUGAUGAGCCAAUUUUCAUUUUAGUUUAGGAUUGAAGCAACUGCCAUAUAUCAUAGGAUAUCCAUACAAAAUUGGUGGCUAGUUUUAUUAUGGGCCACAGAUGAGCUAUUGUUUUUUUUGCCUUUUUUGUCUAUAGGCAUAGCGUCAUCGUUAUUUUGAAGACUUAGUUUGCUACCAUUUUCAGCUGGCAUGCUGUUAAAAAAUGAUACCUACAAAAGCUGCUAUCUAGACCUCUCCAUUCAACUCCUUGACAUUGGUAAUGCAAUUUCUGAACUGUCGUAUGGUGUGGUUAAGUAUACUUUCUGCAGGAGCAACAAGAUCCUUGGUGGUUUCAGAGUGCGAGUACUGCAGCCGCAUCAUGUUAUGACCUCUUUGUUCUGUCAUUGCAUUCUUGUUCAACAAUUGGGGUUAUAUAGGAACUAGGAACAUAAUAUUGGAACCUGGAAGUUCAAAUAGAACGUAUAAUUGUUGUAUUCCCAUUACUGUUUUGCUGAUAUUCAAAACUUUGAUUCUACUUCUGAUAUAUUCUUGGAACAACUUUUGUGGAUAAGAAGCUGGUUUUGGGCUUUAAAA